GUGUUUUCCACUCAACUCUCGUAGAUGUAAAUUUCACAAAAUAAUUGCUACCAAUUUCAUAGCUUCGGUACAAAGUUUUCACGAUUAAAUUCUGAAUAAAAGUACGAGGGAAAACUGGAGACAAAAAGAAAGGGAUUCAAAGCUCUCUAGAGCUUGGACAUGGACCUGUUCAGUGGCAACGCCAGCCCGGGAAAUUUGUUCCCCAACAAAAUCACUGCCUUCCAGGAUAGCAAUAGCCCAGAGCCACGGCCCGGCAACAAGUACCGCCAGCGACGCCUUGACGCCCGUUUGGAGGAGCAGCUGACCAAGGAGAAGCGCGUCACCAAGUUCCCCCUGGUGGGUGCUCUCGUCCAUAAGGCACUGCGGCGUAGGGAGAGGGAGAAGGACUCGCCGCCAGAUCCCUUGCAAGAGCAACCCAGCUCCAGCUCCAGCUACUGCAACAACAACAACAACAACGAGGAGAGAGAGCUGGACAGGAUGGUGCUGCCAUUUGGACUCGGCCCCGAUGGCCACCACGUGGAUGCCAUCCAGAGUGCACCGGCGCCCAGUGCCCCGCCGGCACACAUGAUGCCGCCACCAUAUUCCCGAGGCCAGACCACCAUAUACACCGGGGUGCCCAUCAUCGUGAAUCCCUACAUCGACUUCAUUGUGGUUAAUGGGGAUGAUCGGUACAUGAUCCGCUGCGAGAGGAAGUCGGUGCUGGAGAGGAGCGUGGAGCUGGCCAAGCUGAUACAUGCCGGUCCCAAUAGCGGCAGGAAGAGCGACAACCACUUUCAGAUCCUCAACGUGGACAAGAAUGACUUUGAGCUGAUUGUCCGCUACAUGGAGAAGCACUUCAUUCCCUAUCGCGACCACAAGCACCUCCUCAAGAUCCUCGAGCUCUCCGAUCGCUUCAACGUGCCCGAUCUGAUAAUCUACUGCAUUCGCGAACUUGAUCUCAGAAUCUCCAGUGCCACCGCCCUGGACAUCUUCAAGGCUCUGUGGUUCUACCAGGGCAUUGCCCUGACCAAUCAGCACCAAACGGUGAUCACCACACAGGAGACGGGCCAGCAGCUGGCCCGGAAGCAGGCCUCCAAGGCGAAGGCGGCGGCCAAGGCCAAGGCAGCCCAGGCGGCGGCCUCCGAGAAUGCCGCUGAUGCCGGCGACGGGGCGCAGGUGAACCUCAUUCCGAAUCCCAAUCCCUUUACCACCGAGGACUACGGCGUGGCCCUGCUCCACAACACCCUCCAGCUCAUCGAUAUGCACGCCGAGCUCCAUCUCUCCAUGCCCGAGAUGAGUGAGCUGCGCUUCGAGGAGCUGGAGACGCUGGUCAAGCGGGACACUCUGCAGCUGCGGUCGGAGGUCACGCUCUUCGAGUGCCUGGCCACGUGGAGUUUGGCCGAGUGCAGCCGGAAGAAUAUCGAUGCCACGCCGGAGAACCGGCGCACGGUUCUCGGUCCGCUCUGCCUCACGCCGAGGUAUCUGAGGAUGACCGCCGAGGAGUUUCGCAAUUGCUGCUCCCGCAUCGAGCUGCUGCCCCCCACGGAGAUCAAGCUCAUUAGCGACGCCCUCGAGGGCAAAAAGCUUAAGAACCUCACCGAUCAGCAGGCGGAACUGCUGGAGAAGUUCCGCCAGCCGCGGGCAGAGUACGCCCGGAUGCCCGUGCACCUGAGCGACCGGAGCAGCCCGAAGAACUACCCCAAGAAGAUGCGACUGGCCCACGAGGGACGACCCACGGAGGAGGGAUGCUGGGAGCGGGUGGGCAUGAACUGCCUGCGCAUCUUCGUCUGCAUAUUCGACUGAUCCGAGCAGUCCGACGAGGAGGAGGAGGAGGAGGAGGAGGACGACGACGAGGAGGA